AUGAAGCAACAUCUCCGACAGCUACCGCACAAAAGCCAACAUAAAGAUCCGACAAAGGGAAUUCAACUAAUCGACGACGAUGGAGAGCUCAUCAAUGGAUAUUCAGUCAUCUUCCGCGAAUUAUUCUGCGUCGCCGCCUCCAAACUCAGCGAUCAACUCGACGAAUCCAUCACAACGAUGGGUAUUCUAUGGGACGAAAUCAUACCCAAACGAUCGGUUGCGAACCCUGCAUACCUCCAAGCACUGGAGAAGCAUCGCGACAAUCAAACUUCCGAUACGAGCGAGAUACUACGCAAGGGAUCGACGACGACGGGAGAGAGCCACCUCGAGAAGGGUGUUGGGAUUGAGCUUGAGAACGAAAUCGACGGUCGCGGAGCGCUCAUGUUUUUGGUCCGUCGUCUCACAUCAGAUGAUGAGGUGAAGAGACUUGAAACAGCUGGAUACCGCUUCGUCGACCCUGUUCAAGUAUGCAACGAUGCGAGGAACUAUUUGCAGAUGCAGAUCCAGUCCAGCGAGUUCGAACACAAGCUACGCGACAUGGAGGCUUUUAUAUCCCAGCAAAAUCGUAUCAAGCCCGGAGUUCACCUUGGUCUAUUCGCCAUUCAGGAUCGCGGGCUUAAUAAUCAUCACGUCCUCGUGCAAAAGCAUGCUCGAGAUCUACUCCCCUUAACACCUCUGCCACUAAGCACCAUCGAUGAGGCGCAAGUGCGAAUGGUACAAGGGCUUAGUGGGUUUCAGGUUCCCGAAGUCAUCCAAAGGCUAAGAACCUCGGGAGCGUCUUCAAGACCUCCCGACGAGGAAUUGUUUGCACACUAUCUGUCCAAUGCCAUUCUCUCAUUACAUGAAUUGGCACAGGAACCUUUAUUUCACGAUGCUGUACUCAGUCCUACUAUAUUACGGCUGCCCUAUGGAAUCGACGGGGGCGACGCAGAGGAGACGGUCAUCAUGGCAUUGAGACUCAAGAUAUCCCACCCCGUCAUAUCAUCCGGUCCCAACUGCCAAUGGGCCCCUCUCAAUUUCUUUGGCAUGCGACAAGUCUUGGAGCAGUCACGACAAGAGUUUGUACGUGUUCUACACCAGGACUUUGAUCCAUCAACAAUGCCCGCAAGUCGGGCUAACAACGAGCUCACUUCUGGACCUCUGUCGACCCUCCGCCGACUAAAACGUUCCGAAGGAUCGAUCAACUCAAAAUCCAAAAAGCCCCGCGUUCCAAUAAUGAGACUAAGAGCCUCAUCAAAAGACUCUACACGCUCAUCAUCAACGAUAAACCUAUGUCCCGCUGAAAGCAGCGAAGCCCACAACGAGCGCCUCCCAUCGACAGACACAGUGGACGUCUACCCUCCAGAGCGUCAUUACACCUCCCAUCAACAAUCAUUCUUAAACGGCGGUAUUGUUGUAUUCCAAGAGGUCACCGUUCAAGUCGAACAGAAGAAGUCCGAGUCGAAGGAUAACUUGGAACUAUCGUGGAGUCACGACACGGUGACUGAGCCGCCGAAGGUACAUCAGCGACAUAACAAGAAGAAUGAAGUGCCAGAAGUACAAAGCAUUGAACUACAGCCGUCAGGGAGGGGAACAACAGAGGUUUCAGUCGAGUCUCGGUGGCUGCAUAGUUUUGGUCACGCGGAUACCAAUAUCACGACGAUGGCGUCUUUUAUAGAUACUUUAAUUCUGGAGUCUAGUCACUCUGCUACAUAG